GUAGUGCUUGGUUGCCCUCGCACACACACACACACACACACACACACACAGACGCGUAUACAAGCAAACAUAUAUUUUCUUAAAGCACCCCGCACUUAGGGUGUUUGCCGCGAGCACUUGACACGUCUCCGCACGUGUUGCUGCUUAUCUUUGUUCUUCUCUCUUCCCUUUUUCAGUUUCCCCCUUUUUUUAAAUUCUAGGCUCUCUUUUUCUAUUUUUCUUUGUUGCUGUUGUUUUGCUUGCUACUACCCCUGCUUUGCCCAUUCGAGCACCACUGCCUCUCUUCCCUCAACUCCUUUGCUGCUCUCCAUCAGCAAUAUAUAUCUACUUCCUAAGCUCCCCAAAUUAGGCUAACGAAAGCUUUCCCCCUCCCUCUUUUUUUCGGGCUGCUGCGAUGCCCAGUCUUUCUAUACGCUCCAACCAGGCGACUGGCCGCCGCUCCCCCACCCUCCUCACCGUAGCCCUCGCCGCCCUCCUGCUUCUCUGCCUUGUCGGUGCGGCGCAGCCCGCGCUGGCACGGCUCGAACGCCAGGCCUACGUCUCCUACCGCACCCCACACCUUUGUUCCUAUCAACUGAUGGUCGCUGCGAAGUGCGGAGAGGACAAACCGAUGUGUUGUGUGGCCUCGUCCGCCAUACGCUGCUGUGCGAGCACGGCAUCGUGCGGCAACUGCACCGAGGCGGUGGUGGGCUACGAAAUGCCAAAAAGCAGCGUCGUUCUAGGCUGCUUCAGCCUCAGUGUGCUGGUGCUUCUCGGCAGCAUCAUCAUGUCUGGUGUAGGACGACACGUGGCCUGGGUGCUGGAGCGUCGGCGCGUGAUUGAGAACUACCGCAAGCGACUCACGCUGCGCCGGGCAGAGGCCCGCGAGUUCAAGAAGGAGCUGGCGGAAACAGAGGUGAAGGACAUCGAGGACAGCGUGGCGUGCGUGAUUUGCUGUGCACGGCACAUCGACGUCGCCCUUACCCCGUGCGGGCACGUUUGCUGUUGCCGCUUCUGCGCAAAACGGUUAAAGGAGUGUCCCGUCUGCCGCGCGACGGUGCAGCGCUGCUUCGAUCUGCCGCUGUAUUACGUGAAGCAGCUCGUGCGGGCCGCCACGGAGGAGCGCGAGGGCGGCGAGGAGGCCGCGCCCGCUUCGCCGGCGGUGACGGCCACGUCGGACGCGUCUACCGCCGCCGCCUCGCCCAUCACGGCGAAUCCAAUGCGUACCGCUACGGUGGACGCGGAACAGACAGAGGAAGCAGCGGUGGCGGAGGCGCGCACACGCACCGGGGGACGUCUUGCAGCAGCCUGGAGGGUCCAUAGUCGCAGCAACGAGGUAAGCGUGGCUGUGUGUCGCAGCCACCGGUCCGACGCGGCACAGGCACGGCAGCAGAAUGAGGAUGACUUAGAUGACGGGGCGGUGGGGGUCGCGGCAGCACCACUGCCCCCCCUCUCGGCUCGCGUUGGUCCCUCGCGUGGAAGGCGCUACACCCUUCUGUUUAACGACGAGGACGAAGAUGCGGCGGCGGUGCCCGAAGCCACCACGGCGGACGCGGCAGCUGUGGCGGCUUCGCCUCUGCGCACCGCUGCAGCCCAUGAGACGCCGCCGGCGGCAGGGCGUCGUGGCGGCUACAUCUCGGUAGAGAGGGAGGGCGGCGUGGCGGACGAACCGAAGCAGUUUCUUUAUUCAGCUCCGCUGUGA